GAAUCAUCGCUCCCUCUUGCAUCCACCACCUUCUCCUAUACCUUCGCCAUGUCGCUCCAAACAGCUGCAGGCCCCAUCAACGCCGAGGAUGCCGACAACUUCGAGGAGAUUGAGAAGCAGUUUGCUGUCAAAGUCGUCGAGCACAUGUCUACCUACUGGUCCAUCCUCGAAAAGGUGCCCGGCUCAAAAUUGCGUCUGACCAAAAUGGACGACGAGAUCCUCGAACACUUCAAACAGGAGUUCCCCGAUUUCGACCCCAAGGCCACCAUCAACGAGGACGAGAUGAAGAGCAAGGCGGGCAAAGAACGGUGGCGGAACUUCAUCAAUGCAUACGAGACGAAGAUUGAGGACUACAACUUUGGCGCCAUGGUGCGGAACAGUCCAGCGGUCGAGUAUGGAGAGAAGGAAACCAUUUUCGCUGUGCGCAUGCAAUUCUAUGCUAUUGAGAUUGCGAGGAACCGUGCCGGCCUGAACGACUGGAUCUGUGAAAAGGCCAGCGCCAACAAGUCGUGAGGCAAAGGUCAUGGAGCUGCCUGUAUACGCCUUUAGUGGAUGUGGCGGGCCAGAACCUGUGCCGGUCAGCCUCGCUCACGACAUACGAUUACUGAAUGUGCACUUACGACGGAAAACGGUCGUCGCUAUCCUCGCGACUCAAAGGGAAUCUCGAAGAAUUUCGAGGACGUCCUUGUAGACCUUCACUGCAGGUGGGCACAUUCUGAGAGUAGCGACGAGCCAAAUCAUUACGUGCAUGAGAUGUGUAGAUGAAACUACCCGAGCGGUGCGAGUAAGUGCUCCAUAGAUAGGGAACAUUGCAUUGUUCUGGUGCGUGGGCGAAGAACAAUCGUAAGCACACAUUCUUUCUCCCGAAUCCGUGACCUUCACCGAAAGCACUUCGAAAAGACUUGAAAGGGCCGUGCACACCGAGCGCCACCUCGAACAAUCAUAGAAGUUGCGCCAUUUAAUUCGAGAUAUAGAUGACCAUUUAGC